AUGCCCAGUUUAAAAGAUCUUGACUACAACAUGCAGAGCACAACGCGGCCACGGGACCGCGCAGCAGCGACGGUCGUCUUCUCGACCAAGACGGCGACCCGGCGCGAGAGAGACACGAAGGAGGUCGAGGCCAUGCUGACCCGCAGCCGCGAGAGCGCCCAGGACUCCGGCGAGGUCGAGGCGCAUAGCAGCUUGCAGCUCGACCUCGACUUGACGCAAGUCUCGCGCGAGGAAAGCAGCGAGCUGGAAGGCAAGCCGCCCGCCAGCAAUAGCGAUUACAGUGAAGCCGCAACGCCGAGCCCAACGCCGAUUCGGAAGCGCAGCCGGCGGUCGUCGCGGAAAAGCUCCAGCGCCGACAAGGAGCAGUCGACCAUGAACGCGAGUGUCCGGCGCUUGCGGCCGUCAAAAGCGCUCCUGCAGCUCGAGACAGCGUCCGUAUCCGAGUGCGUCCAAGCCAUGGUCAAGUACCGCACCGAGGCGACCCUCGUCACGGAUGCGUCGGGUACGCUGACGGGUAUCUUGACCGAUAAGGACAUUGCGCUCCGUGUCGUUGCGAUGGGGCUCGACCCAGAGACGACGCUUGUCGUGGACGUCAUGACGCUGAACCCGUCGUGCGUCUCGCCCCGUGCGUGCGCGAUCGAAGCUCUCGAGCAGAUGAUUUCGGGCCAGUUCCGGCACUUGCCUGUGGCCGAGAACGGGAUCGUCGUGGGCAUUUUGGACAUUGCCAAGUGCCUCUACGAUGCCAUCUCCAAGAUUGAGCAAGCCUACAUUGCCUCGUCCAACCAGUUUACCGAAACCUUGAUGGACGCCAACAUGACGGGCACCGAGGCCAGCCUCUUUGAGAUGAUGCGGGAAUCGCUCUUUUUGCCGACGCUGCGCAACAUUAUCGACGGGUCGGUCGACGUGCCCGAGAUUGCCGAUGGCGCCACGACCCGCCAAGCCUCGCUCUUGAUGCUGCAGAAGAACUCGAGCGCCGUCAUGGUGCUGCGGCCCAACGGCGAGAUGGUCGGCAUCCUCACGACCAAGGACCUCAUGCGGCGCGUGCUCGCCGUCGGCAAGAGUCCGUCGAGCUGCCUCGUGCGCGACGCGAUGACGGGCAACCCCGACUGCGCGCGCCUCGACACGACGAUCCUUGACGCGCUCCACUCGAUGCACGACGGCAAGUUUCUCCACCUCCCGGUGCUCAACGACGACGGCGCGGUCGUCGGUCUCGCCGACGUGCUCCAAGUCACGUGCAGCGUCGUGCACCAAAUGGGCAGCUUCCAGAAGCAGCACACGGCGAGCGGCAAUCCGCUCUGGAACAAAUUUUGGAACUCGAUGUUCAACCCGCCGCCGCUACUGCCGCCGACGAACGAGGUGGCGGCAGUCGUUGCCAGCACGCCCGAAGUGCUCUUUGUGUACAAGCUCGUCGAUCGCGACGGCAACACGCACCGCUUCACGGCGUCGGCGACGUCGUUGGCCGCGCUCAAGGAGCACGUCUCGGCGCGUCUCGGUGCGGCGGCGACGGUCCACUACAUUGACGAAGACGAUGGCGAAACCGUCUUGCUGUUUGUGGACGCCGACCUCGAGCUCGCGGUCGCCCAAGCGCGCCGCCGGCGGGCGUCGUACGUGCGUCUCACGGUCAAGGAGCCCGUGGCAAAAGGGACGGAGGACGAGUUUGAUAUUGAGGCGCGUCUCCAGGCCUUGCCCGUGGACGAGACCAAGAUGUCGCUCAAGCAGCCGGGGGCCGCGAGCGUCAUGUCCGAGUCCAAGCUCCAGCGCCGCGCGAACCGUCAAAAGACGAUGCUCGUCGCUGCGGUCGUCGGUGUCACGGGCGCCGCGUACGCUUUUUUGCGCAAGAAGGCGUAAAUGGUGCCGUAAUAUGAAGCAUCAAGUGAGACGUUGGCCUGCGUUUGUUGUGCACUGCGUUCUACUACUGUUAAG